AUGGCACGGGAAACGCUCUCGUCCAUCAUCCAAACACCAACAGCCGCCAGCAAUCUUGCUAUCAUAGAUGUUCGAGAUUCUGACCAUGUCGGCGGCAACAUCGUCACGUCAAAAUGGGUCCCAAGCUCCUCGUUUGACGUCCACGUCCCGGAACUCAUCCGAACACUCAAGGACAAGGAGAAGGUCGUAUUCCACUGUGCUCUUAGCCAGCAGCGUGGCCCUUCAGCCGCUCUCAAAUAUGCAAGAGAACGAGCCAGGAUUCUGGGCGAUGAGGAAAGCGCCAAACAGAAGAUUUUCGUCCUCGAUGGGGGGUUCGUCAAAUGGCAGGAGGUAUUCGGCGAGGACCCGAAGCUCACCAACGAAUACGUCAAGGAUAUCUGGGACGAGUAUUAA